AACUUAUAGUACUCUGGCCUAUCUUUUAAUGCAAUUUCAUGUGAUCGCUGAGUAGGAAAACAAAACCAUGUGAUUCUUCAUGUGGUGUUUUCUUUAAGUAGACCCCAUCCUUGAUUACCCUUAACCACUCACUCUAGUUUUCAUGUAAUUUUCCACAUACCAUUGAUCCUCUAUAUAUAACCAUAUCGGUGAGUCUAAAACCAACACAACACAAGCUUCAAAUUCUUCUAUCACAUGUAAACUUUCACAGAUUCUGCACCUACUUUGCUUCAUUUUCUUGUUUGUCAAGUGGGAAACUCCAAUUGAAAACAAUGGCCAUUCGUAUGCCUCGGAUUAUGCAUGCCAAACAAGUCCUUCGCCGGUCUUCAUUGACAGGAGCAAACAAAGCAGCUUCCUCAACAGCAGCUGCAGAUGUUCCGAAGGGCCAUUUUGCUGUUUAUGUUGGAGAGAGCGAAAAGAAGCGAUUCGUGAUCCCAAUAUCGUACUUGAGCAAUCCUUCAUUUCAAGACUUGUUAAGCCAAGCCGAGGAAGAAUUUGGGUUUGACCAUUCAGUGGGUGGUCUUACUAUUCCAUGUAGAGAAGACAUUUUCAUCGAUCUCGCUUCUCAAUUGGGUGGAUUAUGAUUCUUUGCAAGAAGACACCUUGUUAGCAUAAUUUGACAACAACAUUUUGUAAAGCAGUAAUUACCAUUUUUAUGGACAGCAUUAUUUCCCAAGGAGGAAAAAAUGUCGGCCGGAAUAUCAUAAGUUGGGACGAAUGACAUUAUCUUACAUUUAACUGCAAA